AUGAAUCCCGCCGAGAUCGUACGCGCCAUCCGCGCCCAGGCAGCUUCAGAUCACAGACCCAAUGUCGACAACCAAAAUGCCGUCGCUGGCCUUAUGGCUUACAAGCUCUCCCAGCACCGCGAUGAAAUCCUUCGAUCCAUGAGCGCUGGUCCCUCCUCCGCUGCCUCUUCGUCUUCUACAUCGCCACCGCCUGGAUGCCCCAUGCACGCCGGCGGCAGCAGCGCAUCGGCGUCGGCAGCGCCGCCCGCUGCGCCAAAGCCUUCCCCACCCAAAAUGGUGGCUUCCUCCGGCGGACAGUGCCCCAUCCCUCACGAGGAUCGUGACAAGUACCUCGCUUCCAAAUCUGCCCAGGCCUCCGCCUCUUCCGCAGAUUCCAUGGCCUCUUCCUCGUCCGCAUCCACUUCGUCAUCCAAGCCGUGGUCCUCGACGCUCAACCCUCUCAACAUGAUGCCAAGCCUCGGUCAAGGUCAGGCACCAGAGCAACAGACGGUGCUCUCCACAGAAAGGGUCGUCUCGUCUAUCCCUCGCUCUCGCUCAUCCGCUGCACCCGGUGCGUCGCCUUACGACAAACCUUCGGCGUGUCCCGUCAAGCAUGACGAUAGCGUACCUUCAGAAGAACAAUCGGAAAAGUGGGAAUAUCCUUCACCGCAGCAGUUCUACAACGCCCUCGUCCGCAAGGGAUGGGAAACGCCAGAAGAGCACGUCGAGACCAUGGUUCUUGUCCACAACUUCCUCAACGAACAGGCUUGGCUCGAGGUGCUCGAGUGGGAGAAGCUCGCCGGUGCCGAUUCGUCGCGAGCCGAACUCGCUCGCUUCCAGGGCAAACCAGGAACGCUCACCCCCAAAGCCCGCCUGUUCGGCUGGAUGGCGAGCAUCAUGCCCAACACCUUCAGUUCCGAACCUCCCUUUGAUCGUCACGACUGGAUCGUAAGAAGACCUGAUCAGGACGGCAAGGAGGUCCGCUACGUGAUCGAUUACUACAGCGUGCCCGACGACCCGGAAAAGGACGACCCCGAAUUUGUGCUCGACGUUCGACCAGCCUUGGAUUCGAUGGAAAGCCUCAGCGUCCGACUUCAGAAGGGUUUCCAAGAAUGGAAGGAAGGCCAGGGCUUCUUCUCGGCCUUCGCUGCGGAAAAUCAGCCCAAGCCAGCGGCGACAGCUUCUGCUUAG